GGUUCGGUGUGAUUCUACCAUUCAUUUUGAAUUUAUCUCUUCAUCACAGCGGACACGAACGCGCCGCGCUUGUAAACGUCUGAUCUGUAACUAUUUAUUGUGACUAUGCACGAUACAUCGUGCCGCGAUUAGAAACAAACGAAACACUUUGUUUGCUCAUCUGUGCGAAAAGCUCGCCCGGGGGUGAAGCUUAACGUUGCGAGUGGAAAACGAAAAACAAAACAAACGAGUAAUGGAAGAAUAGUGUUAUUGCACCCUCCCCGGUAUGCACCUUAGUAUAUUUAAGGAUAACGAAAGUUGUACGGAUAUUGGAGCGCGCGAAUGUUAGUAAAUUUGGGUAACUGGAUUUCCUGGUGCGAAUUAGUAGUACGAUCAGCUUAAACGCCUCUUUUUGAAACUACGAUUAGUUUGCAAAUGUGAACAGAAAUUAAUAUUAGAUACAAAGUGUUCAUAUCGCGGUGAAGCGCUAAAACCGAAUGGUGCACGCAAUACGCACGGACCUGUUCCCGCCAAUCGACCUGUGAAAGCCCUCCAGCUUUUCCACUUCAUCUCUUCACGCGGGCCCUCCCAACUACGAUUUCCCACCCCGUCCCAGACAGGGUGGCUGUAUGGGGUGUUACUUUUUCCACCCUUUCACAUUCAGACACACACACACACGCACGUGAUCGCGGGUUUCAGAUUGUGGAUUCGUGUGGCGCCUAAGUGUUGCGUGAGUUACAGCUAGUGUUUGUGUUUUUUGGUGAAUGUGUGUACGUGCGGUUAUUAUUGCGUUAAGAUGAUCACUCAUCGCUGCAUUUGAAUCAUUGCUCUAGGAAGUGACUUUUUUUUGCGAAAACGUGAAAACUCCCAACGGGAUAAGAAAAAAAAACAAAUACGCUUUGUUUUGCUAGGAAGUAAUUCAAUCGAUUUUAUUUCCAAAUUGACUCCACCGAUAGAUCUAACCUGUCGUUGAGGUUCAGAUCCUGCAGGGAUCCGACGGUUCUGUUUCAUACGCAAACCAUUCGCCUAACCAGUGCAAAACGGAGCCAGUUAACCGGCCAAUCUCGGUUGGUUCGCUUUAAUGAAGAGUGACGUUUAUUGACAGCCCGAAUCCGUCCGGCUGCCGUAAUUUUGAUUGAUUCUGCCCUGAAUCUCGCUUCCUACUGUCCUCCUUGGCAAUCCUCUCCUUAUCCCCCUUCCGCCCCCCCCAAAAACCUCACACUCCUACCCACGAGGACGUCUUCUGUCCGUGCGAUCGGGCAAUUGGUUUGCGAGUUGCGAUUUCAUCAGAGUGGAAGAGUUCACGUAUUUAACGUAUUCGUUCGUGUUUUGUUUUUGUUCUCCAACCCCAACUCCAGUCGAUCGAUCGUGUUGUUUUAGUGAAGUGCAUUUGUGUUUGCCUGCACGAAGGCAUUAGUGUAUGUGUCGGUUUUCUUGUGAUAGUGGGUGUGUGUGAAUGUGUGUUUGUAAGUUAGUGUUUGUUGGGCACACAACGGUGUGCCAGUGCAGUUGGUUCUGAUCGAUUUCUCUAUCAAGUAGCCGCCGGUUGACUGCAGGUGAUCGGUUUUGCAUCGCCGAGAAGCAUCUGUAGUCUACCGGAACGAUCUUCAGGGCCCGAUUGUACCCGCUUUAUGUUUCUUCUCGUCAACAGUAAAGUGCAGUGUUGCGACGACGGAACAACGGGCCAUUAAUUUCCAGCGUGACACGGCACACAAGCCGUGUAACGAGCGCAAAACGAAUAAUUCAACCGACGAAAAAAACACACAUACACGGCAAACGUGCACCACACCAUGUAUCCUUCACAGGCAGCGUCCCGAAACAGCCGCAUCCUGUUCGGCGCACUGGUGAUCCUCGCGAUCUCGAUGCGACAAGCCACAGCCAAUGCUUCUUUGGCUGGAUAUCAGGCACCGUGCACAAAUGAGGGCGAGGAAGUUAGAAUCAACAUGCGCUGUUUCAAGUGUAUCUGCAAGAAUGGUUUCGUGGAGUGUGAAAAGGAAAGCUGCCCAGCGGUAGAUGAUUGUUACUUCUACAAAAAGAAAGGUCCCGACGAAUGUUGCGACAAGUGUAUUGGAUGUUUAUACGAAGGUCGCCAUAUCGACAGUGGUACCGAGUGGACCGAUCCGGAAGAUCCCUGCAUGCAUUACAAAUGCGUUUCCGGUGUGGUAACGCGCUCGGAGAUGAAAUGUUACGCCCCAUGUUCGGAUCCCAGCCCACCCCGAAAAGGCCAGUGCUGUCCGACGUGUUUAGGCUGUCGGUUAAACGGACAGAAAGUGUUCGGCGAGGCAACGCUUAGCGAGGAUCCGUGCGUGAAGUGUACGUGCACGGGUCACAAGCUUACCUGCACGAAGCGUUCCUGUCCGGUGUUGCAGUGUCCACUGACGAAGCAGAUUAGAACACCGGGCGAAUGUUGCCCACGGUGUGUCGAGCGACGGGAAGAGAUUCAUCGUGGUUCUCCGAUGUGCAUCAUUGGCAAGGCGGUACACUUCCCGGGCAAACCGUACCAUGGCGAUCAGUGUUCGAACUGCACCUGCCAGAAUGGGACGUCCGUGUGUGAGAAGAGCACCUGUCCCAUACUGGAGUGUGCGCUGGAGGAUCAACAACGCGAACCAGGUGAAUGCUGCCCAUCGUGUCCGAUGCCGGCUGAGUUCCGGAGUACCUGUAUCGCUGAUGGAAUGGUUUAUCAGAAUAACGAAACCUGGAGCUUGAACGCGUGCACCUCCUGCGAAUGCCGGGCGGGUGAGGUCCGGUGUGCAAACAUCCAGUGUCCGAAGAAGAAAUGUGGUCCGAACGAAACGCUUCAAACCGUACCGGGCGAAUGUUGUCACCGGUGUGUCGAAAGCCCAGCCGUCUGUACCGUUUUCGGUGAUCCGCAUUACAAAACGUUCGACGGCAAUUUCUACAGCUUCCAGGGUUCGUGCAAGUACCAGCUGACGGCGGACUGUGUCGGGCACACGUUCUCGAUCCGCGUCACGAACGAUGCACGGCUGACGAAGUACUCUUCCUGGACGAAGACGGUCACGCUGAAGCUGGAAGGCGUCAAAGUAAACCUGGGCCAUCGGAUGCGGGUAAAGGUGAACGGAACACGGGUCGAACUGCCGUACCGGUUAAACCAAACGUUGGACAUUUAUCGCAGCGGCGACGGUACGGAGGUGAUCGUCGAGACGGCACUCGGUGUGAAGCUGUCCUGGGACGGGCACAACUUUAUCCAGGUGCAGGUACCGACCGCGUACAAGGGCAAACUGUGCGGGCUGUGCGGCAACUACAACAGUAUCUUCCGGGACGAUCUGUUUACGCGCGGUGGGUUAAACAUGACGCACAAUGUGUGGCGCUUUGCCCGGUCGUGGGCAGUCGGUGGUCCGAAGGCGUGUACGCGCCAGAGCAAGAAGGAACAGGCGGCUCGCCAUCCGCAGUGCAAGUCGAAGAAGUUUGUGCCGCUCUGCAAAGCGCUCCGCACGCCGGAAGUGUUCGGUCGGUGUAAUUCGCUGCUCAAUCCGGACAACUACUUUGCGUCGUGUAAGUUCGACAUGUGCGAGUGUCCUCAUCGGCAGUGCUACUGUGACAGUAUGGCAGCGUACGCACACGAGUGUGUCCGGCAGGGCGUACAGCUACCGGAUUGGCGCUCACUGACCGGCUGUAGUCGUAAUGCGUCCGGUUCGGUACCGAUCGUGAGAGGACCAGCGGUGGUACAUGCCGAACAGAACGCAAUCGUGGCCGGUAGUACACAGCACAACAACAUUCGACGCCAUCCGAAGCGAUUACGUCGGCCAAAGCUAAUCGAGCAGCAGGAGCAGGAACUCGAUCUGCUACCAUUGAUCGCAAACGAUCGGAAACAUCACAAGCUGCUACAUCAUCCACUCUACAGGAAGCAACAGCAGCAGCAACAGCAAGAGCAGAACAAUAUCCCUUUACGAUCGAUCAAUGGUAACCGUCGGACACCGCCACCACUGCAGCGUUAAGUUCUUUUCCUUUCCACAUCCCGUCUUACCCAACCGCCACAUCGCCUGUUUUGAAGCACUGGUUUGCUGGAAACGAUGCGGAACUCACUCAUCAACUCGCCAUGUAUGCGCCCUAUCGACAACCUUCCCGUUUAUCCUUCCCUCCUUUCCUGAUUGUAACGACUUAGGUUUUUUUUUAGCAGCAUACUCUCGCUUGUUGUAUUUGCGUUAAGGUAUAGUUAAGCUCUAGUUAGGUUAUGGAUGGAAGCGAUCGGUGUUUUAUUUUUUUUUUUAGUAAGGACAUGCCCCAGUAAGGAAGCCAUUACGUUGUACAUAUUAGUUACCGCAGGAAGAAUGAGUGAGUGUGUGUGAGUGCGCUGCUAUUCUCUUCUUUCCUUCUUCUUCUUCUUCUCCUCCUCCUUAUGAAUGCAAACCCAUCGUCAUGGAUGUGGGACAGAAGGAACCGAUGAAUCUGCAAGAACAAAAAAAAAAUCAAACAUGAAUAAUCUCACUACGGAAGCAAGGAGAGACCUUCUUCCUACUGGAUGCAUGACUUAGAUGAGUGUGUGUGUGUGUGUGUGUGUGUGCGUGUAUGUGUGAAAAUGAGGAGAAAACCCCCUCAGUAAGGAUAGUAUGAAUGUAUGAGGAAAGCUUAAAGUCCCAUCAUCGUGGGUGUGCAUGAAAGGGAAAGGAACUAAGAAACAGUGAAAUGGAAUUUGUGUUAUUUUCCCCACGUUGAAUGAACGCCUGUGGAUGUGUUAGGUAACGCAGGACAAGGGGUUACAGAGGGUUACGUUGUAAGUAGAUACUAGUAGGAUCGUUUUUUUUUGUAAUCGAUGAUCGUAUGCCUUAUUUCAAACACUCACACACAUACACACACAAACACAUAAACGGGGUGAGAGUUCACUCCAUACAACUCCUCUUUUUUUUCUAUUACGCUCGACGGUUUCUUAUCUAUUGCUAUACUUCGUUUUACACUUAAAGGUAAGUUUUUAUGUUUUUCUUUUUCUUUAUAAUUUCCUUUCGAAUCGCGCUAGUUUAGUAAUUUUAUUAUCGUAGUACGUAAUGUUUAUCCAUCAUUAGAAAGGGCUUAGUGUUCUUUUGGAGCGUUUGUGUCGGUUAGAGUGGUCUGCUACCGUUGUCACAGCACAACGGUCCCUACUAUUACGAAUCAUGCGUACUUCUAUUUGUGACAUUCAUCAGUAUUUAUUUUCCUUCUUAAUCGUUUAAAGGACAGGUUCGUUCUUUCUUCAGCAAUCCCUUCGUGUAUGAUCGAAAUUUUUAAUUGUCCUAAUAAUUGCGUGAUUUCAUUACACUUUGCUUGCAAAGCGUUAUCAUUUGUGUUUGUAUGUGCGCGCGUACCUCAAAAACAAUGCUCAACAUUCCAUAACAUUUGCAAAUCCCACGGCACUAGGUUUGAUUGUGCACCUUUCUCCCUAUUCUCGAACGCCAACAACCAUUUUAUCAAUACAUUUUUCGGACUAAACGCUUGCGUCUCAUACACACAUGCACAUGCUUAACGCUCGUUUUAUUUGUUAGAAACCAAUUUUGGGUAACAAGCUCGCGUACCGAAGUAAGGGCUGACGGAAGGACGAACGUGAAUAGUAAGUAAGAUACAACGAAAAACUUAAGAAACAAAAGGCCACACAAACAACAACGUAAAACACUCUCCAGUGAAUGUAAGUGGUAUACUAAACUAUAUGCUUUAGGUAGAGUUUAAGGAAAAUGUUAAACACAAAAACAAGAAUGUGAGAAAAGAAUGCGAGAGAAAGAGUAUAGGGAAACAGAAGAUGUAAAAGAAAACGGAUAACAAUGUAACGCAGAAGUAAUUGCGUUUACUUAAGAUGAGAAGAGCGGAAAAAAGGGUAGAAAAUAAUAAGAAAAACAAAAAAAAUGUUAAACAAAAUAAAUAGCAGCGCAAAAUGUGAUCUCGUGAGUGAAUUAGUUAAAUGAAAUUGAACAAAACAAAACAAGAGAAUAAAAAGCGAAACGAAUGGUAAAAAUGUGAACAAUCGAAUGAAAUUUGAAUGAGCAAAUAGGCAAAUAGAAACGGAUGUAAGGAUUGUGAACGAUUUCUGAAAGUUACUCAAAAAACUAUGCCGUAGGGAAGGAGGGUUGUGUUCUGUGCGGUUGGAAGAAAACAACAGUGAAUCGAUGUUUUGUGAAACGAAAAGGAAAACACGAACAAGUUGUGAAGAUGUGAACAAAAUGUACUUUUUACACGGAUGAACCGAUUGGUUUGUUUUAAUAUAUCUCUAAUGGUUCCUACACUUCAUACACAAACGUAGAGAAAACGUUACACACGUUGCUAUAUACGCGUUGGAAGCAUACAUUACAUACAUACAACACGCACACACACGUAUAAAAACGCAUACAAAACAAUUACAAAACAUGGAACAAAUAGCAUUAAGCAGUAAGGCAAACUGCAUGGUGACCGUUUUGCGAUAGUUUGUCGUCAUUUAGAAAUGAUGGACGUGCAUAAGAAUGGUAGCGUAAAGUCAAUCUAAUUUAUUGUGCAAACUCAAAGUUCAAGAAGCUCUAAAUUAAUGUAAAGGGGGUUACACUUUCAAUGAAUCGCGCAAAAUAACCUAACCGUUGAUCCGGUGGAUUUUUAUGUUAUUUUUGUUUAAAUAGGUUUUCUGAUAUUGCCAAAUCGAGGAACGUUCAGCUCAGACGUUCGCUUGAGAAGAGAAGUGAUCAAUAAGAAGGCUCCUUCCCAUACCAUGAAGAGAUCGUGUGUUGUGAGCGAAAAUGACCAACAGUAAUAAAAUACAAUGUAUGUGAAAAACAGAAAA